CAACAUGGCGAUGAAAUGUUCGAAAAUGUAGAGCUCUCAUUGGAUAUCGCUCAUCGCUCGUCGCUUAUCGCGUCUAGUGUGCGAAAGCCAAUAAGAAGCAACUGGCGACUUGCGACUAUUGUAAAAUGGCCCUAUCAGACUUCAGACUUGCCGUUGCCGUCCAGUUGCCGUAGUUGGUGUUGCUCUUGUGUGUCUUUCUUCUCUGGUGUUCUUUUACUCCUCUUUUCCUUAUUGAGAGGAAGCUGCUUUAAGAUGGCGAAAGUAAAGUGUUCCGAGUUAAGGACUAAAGAUAAACGAGAGUUGAUGAAGCAGCUCGAGCAGCUCAAGACAGAGUUGACCACUUUACGAGUGGCUAAGGUGACUGGAGGAGCUGCGUCUAAGCUGUCUAAGAUUCGUGUUGUGAGGAAAGCUAUCGCGCGAGUUUACAUUAUCAUGCAUCAGAAGCAAAAGGAAAAUCUUCGUCUUCUUUACAAGAAUAAAAAGUAUAAGCCUCUUGAUUUGAGGCCCAAGAAAACAAGAGCUUUGCGUCGUGUUCUCACCCCGUAUCAAGCCAGCAGGAAAACAUUGAAAGACGUACGCAAGCGUUCUGCAUUCCCACAGAGAAAGUAUGCUUUGAAAGCAUAGUCUGUACGUUUUUAAUUAUUAUUCAAAAUAAACAUUUCAUUAAAAUAUCGAAUAUUUAUUUG